ACGAUUCGAAACGUUUCAACACCAAAAUUACAUUAACUGCACCUGGCUGAGGGAACUUCACAGAACGCUAAGUAUCGAGAGUGUGUGUGACGCUAUUUUCAAACAAGAACUUCCCGUUGCCGUCUUGUUGAUUCGUUUACCUUGAACGGGUUCGGUACGCGUUUUUGUUUUCAAAUUCUAUUUAUUCCGAGUGAAAAUGAAGUACUUGAUUGCUAUUGUCCUCCUUAUUGCUGCCGCCCAAGCUGUACCCAUAGAGUAUGGACAUUAUCCAGGGCCGCUGUUAGCCCAUGCCCCAGUUUUAGCCCACGCUGUGCAUGCCGAGCCUGUGGCAUACCCGAAAUACUCUUUCAACUAUGGCAUUAAAGAUCCGCACACUGGUGACAUUAAAUCGCAAGCCGAAGAACGUGACGGCGAUGUAGUAAAGGGCCAAUACUCGCUCGUCGAACCCGAUGGUUCAGUGCGCACUGUUGAUUACACUGCUGAUGAUCACAACGGAUUCAACGCUGUCGUACACAAAACGGCACCCAAAGUAAUCGCUCAUGCCCCGGUGUUGGCACACGCUCCUCUACUGGCACAUGCGCCUGCUCCGCUUCUGCAUCACUAUUAAAUGGGCUAACCGUUUGGCCGAAUGACGUUUGGAAGAAUUGGAUUUGGAACUUGAAAAUAAGAUCGUUUUAGAAUUGAAUGGAUUUUGGAAUCGAUUGGAAAGCUGUACGUGAUUUAUAACGUCGAGGGGUUGACCAAACGAUCUUACAAACAGGACAGCCACCUCUUCACCACUCGCCACCCAGCCACUUACAAUAUUUGCACACCCACUCACAUACUCAUUAACUCAAUCAAUCAUUGUACUCGCAAUGCAAACGGGUACUUGCAUUUAUCGAAUAAUAUGUUAAGCGAUUUUAAAUGCAACUAAUCGAUAAUUAAUGUUUAAACAAGGGUUUAUUCAAAAGGCGAUGAAAGCGAUUAAAAUGUUGAAAAGGCAGGAAUAGAACAAACAAAUGAAAUGAAAUGAUAUUACAUUCUCUCUCUCACUCACUCACUCACUCUUCGUAGUUUAACAAGUUUAUCGUAUAUAUGUUUUAUUUUAUUAAACAAAUAUUGUAGAAGAAGAAGAAGAAGGAGUAGUAGUUAUAGUAAUAGUAGACGAAAAUGGAGAUCAUCGUUCAUAUUAUGUAAUGUAGGGACUUACUUUCUUUCUCUUAACUAUACUUUUGUUCGCACACAGACUUUUUCAUUUUCAACUCUCUUUUACAAACUUUCAAUGCCUAUCUAAUGAGUUAUAUCUUCUUCUAAUUCAAACUUUUUUUUCAUAUUUUCAAACAGUGAGGUUUAUUUUUAAGCUUGGUUUCGGCUUUCAAACUAGAGAGUGAAAUUGUUCACAUAACUGUCACUAUCUUGAAUGAAUUUAGGGUCUAGUAACACAUCCCAUAUCCUAAAGCUAAACGUUCAUAAAUACUCAGAAAUGCUUUUUAUAUCUUUUUCUACACUUUUGUAAAAUAUUUAUGUUACUACAUUCUCUAAGACUUUCUAGAUAUUUACUUUCAAGACUUACUUUCAGGAAAGCAACUUAAGUGAAAAAUUGACAGAAGAGAAAAAAGAAAUCACUUUCCAUUUAAACUGCUGGUGAAAUCGGCUAUUAUACUUUCUUAAAUUAGGAAAUGUUUACUAAUUAGCUUCUACAUCUCUGCAGCUCGUAUCUGUAACAAUUCUCUACCAAGGCGAAUUGAGUUAUGAAUUCGCCGCCCUUUUCUCUACUGCUUAUGAGUAGUAGAGGAUAACGUAUAUUCUCUACCAGUAGAGAAAUAAUCGGUAGAGAUGAGUUACAGAAACGAGCUACUGAUAGGGUUUUAAAAAGUUUAAAGAUGCCUGUACAAAAUCCCAUGUAUUCAAAGAAAUUUGGGUAAUUUCUCAGAUGAUUUGGCAUCGGGUUAAUAAGUAUGCAACAUUAAGGGAAGAAAAAGUGAAAUUUAUUUGUGCCAUCUUUCAAAGUUCCGAGAAGAAUUUUACAUGUGAAUAAUUUCGCUCUCUAGUUUCUUUGUGCUUAACAUCGCUCCACUCCACUCACAUGAAUUAGAACUCCAUGCGUUACAAUCCGUUGCGUAUAAAUGAGCCGGUCACUGUGCAUUAAAAGUAAAACAAAAAAAAAUUGGAUGCUCUCAUUUAUCAUCAAACAUUCAAUAUUCUUUAUUUUUUUAUUGUAUCCAGCUCGCUCUCGAUAGUCGUCACAUAACUUGUCUAGAAUCUUGUCAUUUGCAUUUAAUUUACUUUAACAGUCUGUCUUCUGAUACUUAUGACUACAUAAUAAUCAACCUAUCUUAAGCUGAUACUUAAUUCCUUCAUUUCAGUUUACUCAUAUUUCUUAUCUAAAAUUUCUUUAUUUGUGAAGCCUUUUCCGUGACAUUUAUGAAUAGCUUGCUUCUUAUAUUCUCACUUAUUCUCCUCAAAAAGGCGCUCAAGUUCUCUCAUCUCGUCUCACUUGUAUCACUCAUGAGCGCUCUUUUGUAUUAUAUUAUAAUGUUUUUAAUGUACUUGUAUUUUAACUUUGUUUUUUUUUUUAAUGGUAAAUUUAAUUAUAAUCAUUUAUGAAGCAAUGGAAACCAACACCAUACAUUUUACAUACAUUAUUAAUUUGUUUAUGUUUGCAUAAGUGUUUGUGAACGCCUUGUGGUUAGCCAAGGGCCUACAAUGUUCUCCAACUAAUUGUGCUGUACCUACGAUAGUUUCAUGUAUUUUUUUUUUAAUAAAAUGUCUACAAAUUAAUGUAAAAUAUUUUCAAUGAACGGCAAAGA